AUGUAUGGGGAAAUGCAUGGAAUUUGUAUGGAAAAAUGCAAAUUUCAGGUUGGUGUGGUCUGUUCUGUGAUGAAUAGUAUCAUAGCAAUACUUCAAACUGCCAUCAGAAGGGUCAAUAUAACAUUGAAGAAUGUUGGGAAACAACCACCAGAAUCAAUGAUUGAUGAUGAUGAUACAGGUUCAGUUUCUUCAGAUGAUAUUAAGAAGAUUAAGAUGACAAAUGAUCUCUCUGUACAAUCACAAGAUCUUGAUGAGUCUGAAAUAUCACCUACCAAAGCUGGUGUAUUCAGUAAUGCUCCAUCACCACUCCAUUUUUCUUUAAUAGAUUCUGAUAAUGAAUUUGAUGAAGGUGACAAAACAGAUGAAGAAAAUAAUGAGGAAAAUAGCAUGUUCUCUAAUGAUAUAAAUGAAGUGUCAUUUGGUAAACAAAGUAAAAUAGAAUUUAAUGGAAACUAA